AUGACUGCGAUAUUUGAGAAUUCCAAUUGCCUGUUGAGCAGGCGCAAUCGCUAUCAGUUCCUUGCAACGCUGCUAGUAAACUUUGCUACUUUCUCGCAUGGCCUGGGCAUGGGCUGGAUGUCGCCAGUGAUGCUGGCACUGCAAACUGAGAACUCCCCGCUCGACUUUGAUGUGCUGGUCGAGCAGUUAUCCUGGAUAGGCUCUCUACUGGGCAUUGGCAGCGUCAUAGGCAACUUGCUAGCGGGCUGCCUGCAAGCGCGCUUCGGUCGCAAGCCAGUGAUGUACGCUCUCAUUGUGCCCUAUGUGUGCUUCUGGCUGUUGUCCUACUACGCUCAAAGCGUUGAGUAUUUAUACCUGGCGCGUCUUUUGGCUGGCGUUACAGGCGGUGCUGGCUACAUAGUAUUCCCCAUUUAUAUCAGCGAAAUUUCAGACGCCAACAUUCGCGGUCGCCUCAGCUCCUUGAUAAUGCUAUCGGUUAAUAUAGGCGUGCUGGCUGGCUAUAUACUAAGCCACAAUGUAGCCUAUGCAUUGGCGCCUUUCUGGGCCAUACCCUUUCCCAUUUGCUACUUCAUCAGCAAUCUCUUUCUGCCCGAGACGCCGCAUUAUCUUAUCAUGAAGCGCAAGUUUGCUGCUGCUGAAAAGUCCUUUAGAUUCUAUAAAAACAUUGACGCUGCGGACAAAGCUGCCAUGUGGGAAUUCGAGGAUAUUAAGCACAAGCUGACAAGCGAACAAGGUCAACAAAGGUCCUGCAGCACACAGGACUUUGUGACGCCUGCGGCGCUUAAGGCUUAUGCCACAGCCGCUGUGCUCAUCAUUUGCAAUCAGUUCACUGGCACUUCAUGCUUCACCACCUACAUGGCCAACAUCUUUGCGGUGUCGCACACCACGCUGGACGUCAAUAUGUGCACCAUUAUCAUAGGCGUAGUGCAAAUUGUAGGCACCUAUACGGCCACUUUACUAUGCGAUAGAUGUGGCCGCAAGAUUCUUUUGCUGUGCAGCACGUUGGGCGCCAGCAUUAGCCUGGGCAUAUUUGGCGUCUAUGUGUAUUUGGCCAAGGACUAUGAUCUAUCAGCGGUGGGCUGGCUGCCACUGCUGCUGCUGUCGCUGGACGUGUUUGUGUGCAACAUUGGACUGGUGGGCGUGUUCUUUGUGCAGAUGGUGGAGCUGAUGCCAAGCAAGAUACGCUCUGUGGUUAUAUCCAUUGUUGUGGUGCUGCUCAGUUGCAUGGUGUUUGUUACGCUGAAAAUCUUUCCAAUUUGCAUGGACCGCUUUGGCGUGGAGUAUACGAUGUGGGGCUGCUCGAGUGUGGGCCUGUUUGGCUUCAUUUACUUUGGCUUAUUUCUGACAGAGACCAAGGGCAAAGCGCUGCUCGACUAG